AUGGCUUACACGACGUAUGACGUCGAGAAGAACCAGGGCUACGUUGCCAACACUGCCGGCAGCGGUAGCGGCGAGUACACACCCGACCACAAGAAUCUAGACAAGCGAAAUGGCUCGUAUCAGGAACCUGAUGGCGCAGUACCUGGCGAGAGCUUCGAGUAUGGUACUGGCAUCCGCGCAAAGCUUAUGCGCUUCGCUGGCAAGAUCGGUAUUGAGCAGAGAGGUAUUGAGCGGGUUCCUGAGGAUGAGAGGACAGAGACGGGUUUCAAAGCGUUACUCAAUGUCGCGACUAUGUGGUGCUCCGCAAACAUGGUCGUCUCCUCCUUCGCCCUCGGACUCCUCGGCAAAUCGCUCUUCUUCCUCGGAGUGGCAGACGCCAUGCUCGUAAUCCUCUUCUUCAACAUCAUUGGUCUAGCUAUAGUCUCCCUCUUCAGCACCUUCGGGCCAACGUUCGGUCUUCGCCAGAUGGUGUUGAGUAGAUUCUGGUUCGGAUGGUGGGGAGUGAAGCUCAUCGCCUGCUUCAACAUCAUCGCCUGCAUUGGCUGGAGCUCCGUCAACAGCAUUGUAGGCGCGCAACUGAUAAACACCGUCAACCCUCAUAUGCCGCCUUGGGCUAGUAUCCUGAUCAUUGCCUUGUGCACGCUUUUGGUCACGAUCUUUGGCUAUAAAAUUGUGCACAUCUACGAGUUCUGGUCCUGGAUCCCCAGCUUCAUCAUCUUCCUCAUCACCGUUGGUGUUUUUGGCCACAGCGGCGAUUUUGUGGCCAUUCCAUGGGAGAUGGGCAAGGCCGAGAUGGGCUCUGUCCUGUCAUUUGGCUCUGUGAUCUUCGGAUUCGCGAUCGGCUGGUCUAGUUACGCGGCAGACUACACCGUCUACCAACCCUCCACGCAGUCAAAGGUGAAGGUGUUCGGUUGGACAUUCUUAGGUCUGUUCUUCCCGCUCAUCUUCACGCAAAUGCUGGGAGUGGCUGUCAUGUCCGCCACAGCACUCAACGGCGGCGUCAACCGCUAUCAGGACGGGUAUGAUGCUUCCGGCACUGGCGGCCUCCUGGGCGCCGUCUUGAUCUACCAUCUGGGCGGCUUUGGCAAGUUCUGCUUGGUCAUGCUCGCUCUCAGCAUCAUCGCCAACAACUGCCCGAACAUUUACUCCGUUUCUCUGACCGUACAAGUCCUUGGCCGCUGGGUCCAGUGGGUGCCUCGAUUUGUGUGGACUAUUAUCGCUACGGGAGCAUAUAUCGGCAUUGCUAUUGCAGGCUAUCAGCACUUCGAGACUGUGCUCGACAACUUUAUGAACUUCAUCGGCUACUGGCUCGCCAUCUACUCGUCCAUUGGCUUGACUGAGCACUUUGUGUUCAAGCGCGGCUUCAAGGGCUAUAGGCCGGAGUUCUACGAUGUUCCCGGCAUGCUGCCUGUAGGCAUUGCUGCCAUCUUUGCUUUCUGCUGCGGUGUCAUCGGCAUGGUCGCUGGCAUGAGUCAGGUGUGGUGGGUUGGCUGGAUCGCUCUCAAGGCUGGCGAGGCUCCUUAUGGUGGUGAUGUGGGCUGGGAGCUUGGUGCUGCUUUCUCAAUGGUCGCGUAUCUCAUUGCGAGACCAAUUGAAAAGAAGUUCUUCCCCGAUAGGCUGUAG